GUUAGCGUGGAUGUUGUCAUGGCUGGUGAUUUGCUCGCCUUUAUAUGCCUCGCCGGUCGCUCCCUCGACUUUAGCCUUUCAGCCGUGGCUCUUUGUCUCUCGUUGCUUCUUCUGCUAUAACAUACCACUUUCCCCCGCGAUCUUCUUUCCAGUUGAACGCUUGACAGUCUUUACCCUUCCACCCAUUUUACCCAUCCUCCAUCAUCCACUAUCCACUCAUCUACUUAUCCACUCACCAUCAACCACCAACAUGUUGUUCCGCGGCCUGUCCCUGACAGGUGCUCUGUGCAUCAGCAGCUGCGCGGCCCUCGCCCUGCCCGACCCCCAGUUCCGGGCCACGGCACACUCGCAUCAGAUCAACCUGCCUGCCACCCCUUGCGCCUUUUCCGACUCCAGCUGCUCUGAGGCCCUCGACCCUAUUUCCCACCUGACCAUUGAUUUCUCCACCGAGAAUGGCACACUCACAGCCAACAAGCAAUCAAUCUUCCCCGCCACCGUGCCGAUGCAAUUCUCCGCAGACCGCAAAUGGGACACCGGCAUCCAAGCCGUCCAGGUGGCCUACUCUCUCGACGUCCGACCCCUCCCCGCUCGUCCUGGCGCCGGCCUAGGCGAUAUCUACUAUCUGAAGCUCCGCCUCUUCGACCUGCACGGUCGCCCUGCCACCCAGAACUCGAUUGCGAUCGGUCUGGUCAGCGAUGCCGACAGGAAUCUGCAUCUGACCGUCAUCGACCCCAACGGCACUCGCGAGUACGGCCACGGCAACAAGAUCUGGCAGAUGAAGGCCUGGAAGUCGCAGCUCGAGUCCUACUACGAGACCGCCAAGGACGCCGUCAAGGACGCUGUCAAGAACUGCAUCAAAACCGGACACACCCAGCACGAGCACAUGCACGACGCUGCUCCCCCCACCCCCAAGCCCAACCUCCAGGAACACCACCACUCCUCCACGCAAUACCCCCCGGCAUUCAAGAUGCGCCAGAACGGACAAUUCCUGUGGACCGGCCAGGAGGGCGUCAUGCGUAUUGCCCGGCCCAUCAUCCUCCCCGCCCUCAUGGGCAUCCUAGCCGGUGGACUGGCCUGUGUCAUGGGCUUUCUUCUCGGCCGCUUCGUCAUCUCCGUCUACCUCUGCGCGGUCGCCCGCCGCCAGCAACGAAUCCCCAUCAUCCAGAUCGAGGACGGAGAGCCCGUCGUCUCCGAAAAAGAAGCCCUCAUCCAGAAAUACAGCGAUCAGGACCCUGACGCUCAUCCAUCUUUCGAAUGAUUUCCCUUAUCUUCUCUCAUGCAUCUCUACGUCUUGUCUUUUUUUCUUUCUUUCUUUCUUCCUUUCCCUCUUUCUUUUUCUUUUUCUUUUUUUCUCUCUGAUUCCAUGUUUAUGAUAUCCAAUGUAGCAUACAUACCCUGAUUACCAAAUAUGAAUCGCAUGAUCCAAGUGACA